AUUGAAUAAAACGUUAAUUAGCAUUCUUAAAGCAAAUGUUUUGCUUAUUCCAACGAUUCAAUCACUUAUAGGUAUUGGCAGUGUGUAUUGUUUAUUCAAAAGCGCGGCACACGUUUAAUGUUGCAUCUAAACGUACGUGUAUAAAAUUAAUACCAAGUGAAGGUUGUCGUAAAUGUAUUUUCCUUACACCAAUUCGUUUCAAUGACACACAAUUAUAAUUUGCUUCAUUAUGAGUAAUAGUGUCAAAAUAACCGUUGUCGGAGACGGUAUAGUAGGAAAAACCUGUAUGUUAAGUACUUAUACGACUGGUGAAUUUCCUGCAGAAUACGUACCAACAGUUUUUGAACAUUAUGGGCAGAAAAUAACCGUUGAUGAUAUUGAAUACGACAUGACAUUAUGGGAUACUGCUGGUCAAGAAGAUUAUGAAAGACUUAGGCCAUUAUCUUAUCCGCAUACAAAUUGUUUCCUGGUUUGUUUUUCCGUCGAUAAAAAUUUGGCCUCGUACGACAACGUAACCUUAAAAUGGGUACCAGAAGUUAGGCAUUUUAGUCCAAAUGUACCAAUCGUUAUAGUAGCAACCAAAAUAGAUUUGAGGAACGAUCCCAGUUUGGCGUGUUACACUCCCGAGGAGGGUAAAAAAUUGAAAAGGAAAGUUCGCGCUCAAAGUUACAUGGAAUGUUCAGCUUUGGCUAAUCAGGGAUUGGAGGAAGUGUUCGUUGAAGCCAUAAGAGUGUAUCGGAAAAGUAAAAACAGAAAACCAACACCAAGACAUUGUAUUUUAUUAUAAGAUAAUCAUAUUCUACAGGAAAUUUUUUCAAAAUUAUUUUCACAAACUUAAAAAAAUAAACAUUAGAAUGCGAAAUAGAUUUAACUUACUUUUAUUUACAUCCGUUAUUGGUUUAAUACAACUGCUUUCGUUUUAUCGUAUUUUUUAAAUAAAUUCGAUCAAAUUUUGAUAUUUUUAUUGCAGUAUUUUGAAAAUAAUGUACAUUUUGAAAAUAUACAUUCACAAUAAAUACUAAUUUAUUAAUCGA